UCCUGGAGCUCGUCUUAUUCACGACAGCAUUUGAGUCUCAAGGGCUUAACCCCAACUGGUAAGUGGGUCACACACCUCCGUCAACUCCUUGGGGGCGCAGUACCUGUAAAUACCUUACUGGUGCUACCAAGAGUUACAUCGACUAAAUACUUCUGGACAAUGCUAAAGACAUCAUUACACUAAUCUAAAAGGUCGUGAUUCCUGAAAACUUUGAAAUGGCGCCGAGUCUCUCCCCUUUCUUAGUUCACUACAGCAUCCUCACCAGACACACACAGCACAUCACAAUUGUCUUAUCUUACUUCUCUACAUCAUGAAGGUAUCCACACUGUUGGAACUCCUCGCCCCGGCGGCCAUGUUCUCCACGGUCCAGGCGGGAUGCUAUAGCGCUGAUGCCCCAUGGUGGGGCUCGUUCCAAGAUGCUGCCAACGCUGCCGUCGAUCAGCAUUGCAACCCUGGUGGCGUCUCUGGCUAUUUUGCCCAAGGGCAGACCAAAUACUUCUGCAUCCAACACAGCGCGUUGCAGAAGUCCGAGUUCUGGGUUCAGUGGAAGGGCAAAGGGGGCUUGACAUUGAAAGACAACGACUGCAAGCUGCGCUUGAAGAACGAAAUCAAUGGCUGCAAGUGGGGAGGAGAAAGCACUAUCGCCGACUGGUACUUCAGGUCUGAUCCCAACAUCGUAAAGCUCAAUGGUAUACAAUUCAGUCAGCAACGCUCAAUCACUACACCCGCGCGAUUAUACAAGCUAAGUGACUCCACUUCAAGUUCUAUCCUUCCUACCAUCGCCAUUGGCGAGUCUCAUCAUCCCCGCCACGAACCAGCGCGCUCCUGGCUUAGGGUCUCUCCCGUUUCCCUUCAGUCACCAGCCCCCAGCGAUCCAAAUCUCUACCCGGCCUUUGCCUAUGCGCAUCUUGGCUCAGAGCCUCCAGACUCACACAGCUCGCUUUCAUAG